UGUUGGGGAGGCUACCGUUGUUGGGGAGGAUGAGCCUGACGGUAUGUUGGCUGUUUAUAACAUUGUGUUCCUGCCUUUUUACAUAGCAGUAAUCGGUACAAUUAUAAUUAGUGUUUUCGUGUUCCUGAAAUCACUGUUGGAACCCAAAGAGGUUUUACCUAAACUUUAUUACAAGGAAUCUACACUAGCUACACAUAUAUUACGGAAAUGCUCUCUUGCAACGAGGAUGUUUUCCGUGGAUUUACCUUUAAGGAAUCGUCAUAUUCAGACGUUGUUGCCAUGGCUACUGCCCCAUGCGAGUGUCCAGUUUGAUCGAGAGUACUUACUUCUCAAGGACAAAGGUGUGGUAGCCCUUGACUGGGUCAGUAACAUUCAUGUGCAGAAACGAAAACGGAGGACCGUUAUGGUCGUUAUCCCGGGUAUCACCGGAUGUGCGGCGAGUGUGUCGAAGAUUUGUCAGGCGGCGGCCAAGCGUGGCUUCCAGACUGUCGUUUUUAACCGCAGAGGACACGGCGGCACUGUUCUUACGACACCCAAAUUCCAGAGUUACGGAGAUCCGUCCGAUUUACGGCAAGUCGUGAAGUAUAUACACGGCCGGUUUCCGAAGGCACUUAUCACCAUGGUAUCGUAUGGGACCGGAUGUGAGGUAUUGCUAUCCUAUCUUGGCGAGUUUGGAUCCUCAGCUCACAUAUGUGGUGGUGUAUGUGUGUCACCUUCAUUUGACAUUUCGGAACGAAGUACACAAAAGAUAAGUGGAAUAUACGAUCUAUUUUUGUUAUUAUAUUUAAAGAAAAUUUUAUGGCAGCAUGCCAAAGCACUUUUAAAAGUAGUGGACGUCCAGAAAGCAUUGAAGACUUGGUCUUUAACCGAGUAUGACCAGUGUGUGUUCUGUAAGUUAUACGGUUACAGCACUAUAGAGGAAUUCUGGGAAAGAAACAACCCUCUAAGAGAUGUUGAUGACAUAUCCAUACCCUUAAUGUUCGUCAGUAGUCUUGACGACCCUGUGUACAAAAACAACAACAUUCCAUAUGACCUAUUCAAGUUCUAUCCUAACUUCCUGAUGGUGGCCAUGGAGAGGGGAGGCCAUUGCGGAUUCCUAGAAAACCUAAGGUCUUUAUCCUGGGCCGACAGGUUAACUUUGGAUUAUCUUGACGCCAUUUUGGAAUUUACGACAAAGGGUUUUACGAUAGAUUAUCAUAAAAGUCCUGCAAGAUCUACAAUAUGACACUUUAGAAGAUCAUUAUAUAUUUAUAUAGUUUUUCCAAUACUUUGCAAUUUCCACCAUUUUUGCUCAAACGAGAGUGUGUUGAAAAGAAUGAAUGUGUCUGUCUAUACGUCUUCGUGUGCACGAGUCUGUCUGAUUGAGCUAUAUGUGAUGUCGGUCGUCUGUCCUGUCAAUAUUAAACGCUUAUAUAUUUGUUCGUCUGAUACUUCGACAUAGUCCGUCUGUUCGGUUGUUUUAAUCAAUAUGAUAUAAGCAGGUAGGUAGCAAGAUAUAUUCGCCUACGCUCUUUUUUUUUUACCUUUGUAUCUGAAAAAAAAAGUCAAUUAACAAAUAAAUAUUUAAUGACUUCAACUCUGCCAUCCCUAUCACCUUGUGCAAAAUACUGCGUUACACUAUUAAUACAAAAAUGACUUUCGAGCCACACUAGCUAAGCAUAUACUGGUACACUGAACGCCCCCUAUAUUUGUCGCAUGGUAGUGUUACAAAGCUCCGAGGAAUAACUCUGUAUGGGUGACGAUAUUUACCAUGGACGUGUACACAUUUCAAUUGGUCCCGUGACGGUCUCUACCGGCGCUACAUAAUAGCUCUAGUGGGCGGUUGUUAACGGUGACAGUUUGGCUUACAUUAGGCUGAAGUUUUUUAUUGUCACAUCAAAGAUAUAGAAAUAACUACAUUUGUUUUGAGUUGAUGUUAUGGAUGAUACCUAUACUGUAAAUUGCUUCAUUUUGCAAGUAUUUAUUUUCAUGACUUUCGUAAGCUAUUCAAGGGAAUUUGCGAUUAAUGGUCCUGGCGGAUUACAAAUAUAUACCUGUAUAUAUUGUUAUGUAAGUGAUAUAUAAGUUAUAUUGUUAUAUAAUGAUAUACAUACGUCAAUAUUGAGCGGAUGAUUCGGUUAUAAGACCUGGACGGAAGUAAUGAAGGAUUCGUUUGUUUUGGACGGAAGUUAUCAGUGAUUCGUUGUAUUUGUUUUGGACGGAAAUUAUCAGUGAUUCGUUGUAUUUGUUUUGGAUGGAAGUUAUCAGUGGUUCGAUGCAUUUGUUUUGGACGGAAGUUAUUAAUGGAUUUUUUUGUUUUUCUUGAGAAUGUCUUUGAUUCGUUGUAUUUGGUAUGAACGGUUAGGUGUAUAUGUUUUGGACGGAAGUUGCCAAUGUUUCGUAGCAAUUGUUUUUGACAGAAGUUAUCAGUAGUUGAGUAAAAAGUUGCUUGCAUUUCCUGACAGAGGUUAACAAUGCUUGGCUGUAUUUAUUUCGACCGGAAGUUAUAAAUGGUUUUAAUGUUUUGGGCGAAUGUUGACAGUGGUGGUAUGUAAAGUUUGUAUUUGGUGGGUUUGUUCAAUCAUACAUAUAUGGUUAUACACCAAUACAAUUGAUUGUAUCAGGCAGGUUUGAUUACAAAUGUAAUAUAGCUUCGGACGAUAACGACUAUUUUGACUUGAAUGUCGUACCGUAGAAUCUAUAUAAUAAGAGAAAGGAAGUUAGGAGGGGGAUCAAACGGGGGUUCUGAGAUGUGAUUAUCAUUUCAUAAAGUAUACUUACAAAGAAAAGUAUGUUAUCGAAAAUGCUCAUCAGAUCUAUUUGUGCCAAGGAAUUCUUAUAAACCAUUUUUUGUGUGUUAUAUAUCCAAUAUCUCUCUAUAUAUAUACAAUGUAUAUAAGGUGUUAAUUCCAGUGAUAUUAUAAAUAUUGAAAUGGUAUCUUCCUCUUGCCGUGAGAUUGUGGAUUGUCCCAGCAAAACGUGUAAAAUCCGUAUGUGAUGGCUGUACAAUCUGUAUGUGAUGGCUGUAAAAUAUGUAUGUGAUGGCUGUAAAAUUUGUACGUGAUGGCUGUAAAAUCUGUACGUGAUGGCUGUACAAUCUGUAUGUGAUGGCUGUAAAAUAUGUAUGUGAUGGCUGUAAAAUUUUGUACGUAUUGGCUGUAAAAUAUGAUGGCUGUAAAAUAUGUACGUGAUGGCUGUAAAGCAUUACGUGAUGGCUGUAAAAUCUGUAUGUGAUGGCUGUAUAAUCUGUACGUGAUGGCUGUAAAUUCUGUACGUGAUGGUUGUAAAAUAUGUACGUGAUUGCUAUAAAGCAUUACGUGAUGGCUGUAAAAUCUGUACGUAAUGGCUGUAAAAUCUGUAUGUGAUGGCUGUUAAAUCUGUAUGUGAUGGGUGUAACUUAUGAAUGUAUGGUAGAACAGUGAAUGAAUGACUGAAAUAAUGUGAUGUGUGAUAUUCAUAUCCAUUUUAAAAUAUCGUUAUUAAAAUUGUUGAUAAAAA